AUGUCACAAGUCAUACAUCCCAAGCUAGUGGCAAGUCAUAGGAUGAAAAAGAUCAACCCAGAGACAGAAUUGGACUACCAGGCUCUCGUUCUUACGGAUUCUUUCCAAACGAGGUUCAUGCCGUUGACACACGCGGAACCCCGAUGCCUUCUGCCGUUAGCCAACGUUCCCUUGAUCGAAUACACCCUAGAAUUUCUUGCGCAGACAGAUGUCGUUUCAGAAGUGUUUCUUUUGUGUUCAGCACAUGCAGAGCAGAUACAAGAAUAUAUCGAUCACUCCAAAUGGGUAUUCCCAUCUUCUCCAUUUACUAAGAUCCAUACUAUUCUGUCUAUGGAAUCUAGAUCUGUGGGAGAUUCCAUUAGGGAUAUUGAUGGUCGAGGUGUCAUCAGUGGCGACUUCAUUCUUGUAUCUGGUGAUGUCAUCACUAAUAUGGAUCUUAACAAAGCGCUUAGCGCUCAUAGACAACAUAAACAGGAAGAUAGGGAUUAUGUUUCCACGAUGGUGUUGAAGCAGGCCUCUCCUUUACAUAGAUCACGCUCUCUCAUUGAGCCGGCAUGUUUCAUAUUGGAGGAACACACUAACAGAUGCAUAUACUAUCAGGAUAUACCGCCAGUGAAUGGUAAAAAGACUUCUGUUAACAUUGAUCCUGAACUGUUGGGAGAUAUUGGUGAGUUUGUGGUUAAGAAUGAUCUUAUAGAUUGUCGUGUAGACAUCUGUACCCCUCAAGUGUUGACUACAUUUCAGGAAAACUUCGACUAUCAAUUCUUGCGCGCGGACUGGGUUAAGGGUGUAUUGAGUAGUGAUCUUUUGAGAAAGCACAUUUAUGCCUACAUUACACGUGAGGAUUACGCUGCUAGAGUUGAGAGCUGGCAGACAUAUGACGGUAUCUCUCAGGACGUUCUAGAGAGGUGGUGCUAUCCAAUUGUUCCAGAGCGUAAUCUGCUUGAGGAUCAAACCUACACGUGUGAGAGCACUCACAUUUACAAAGAAGAGUCGAUUAGGCUUUCACAAUCUUGUAAAAUCGAUUCGUGCGUUGAAAUUGGUUCAGGAACAUUUGUUGGUGAUGGAUCUAGAAUUGGUGCAUCCGUCAUUGGUCGCAACUGCCAUAUCGGCAACAAUGUGAUUGUGGAUAACUCGUAUAUUUGGAGCGGUUCCAGAAUCGAGGACAAUGCCGUGGUAAGACAUUCUAUAGUGGCAUCUGAUGCAGUUAUUCGUAAGAAUGUCGUUGUAAAUGCUGGCUCCGUUAUUGGAUUCGGUGUCGUUAUUGGAGAGAACGUGGUGAUUCCUAGCUACACAAAGAUAGUAAAAACUCCAUUUAAAGAAAGAAAGAGAACGCACGAGGUUCCUUCGGACUUAAAUUCCGAGUUUGAUGACGAGACAGAAGGGUCUAGUAGUCAAAUAACAACGACUACAGAAGAAGGGCUUGAUGUAUCGGGCGAAAUUGAGGCGUCCGACGAAGAUGACGAACAGGAGCCAGGUGCACCUGCUUCGAAAAACCAUUCUAUUGUUGGGCAAGAUGGUGUUGGCUUUUUAUACGUGGACGACGAAAGAUAUAAUGGUAUGGUGAGCCAGAUGAUGUCGUUGGAUCUGUCGGAUGUUUCCAUUGCCUCCAGUACAAUUGUGCAUCAUGGAAGCAGCAGAAGAAAGAAGAGAACGCUAUCAUCUGCCACGAGCCAGUUUCUGUCUGAAGAAGAGGAAGAGGACUUUGAAAAAGAGGCUAUUGCGACAGUCGACCGUUCAAUGGAGAAUAAUCACGAUAUCGAUACUGCCUUACUUGAAUUGAACACUCUUCGUAUGAGUAUGAAUGUGACUUACCACGAGGUGAGACAGGCGACAUGCAAGGCCAUGCUUGCCCGUGUGGAUAGCUUUAUAGAGACGGAGACAUUGGGAGUGAAAGAUGCAGUCGAGAAGAUUUUCUGGAAAUGGACAGCACUGUUCCAAAGACAAGUAUUUGAUGAUGUCGACCAGGUUGAUUUAAUGUUAAUUAUCCAAAAGAUAUGCCACAAUAUGGACCAAGAGUACGGCCCUAUGGUUUUACUAUACACGCUUCUUAUUUUAUACGAGGAGGAAGUGAUUCAGGAGGAUAAUAUUAACAAAUGGUGGACCAGUGACGAAUCCAAGGCAAUGGGUCUCGUUAGAGAUAAGACUGCCAAGUGGAUUGAAUGGCUAAAGCAGGCAGAAAGUGAGAGUGAAAAAGAGGAGGAGGGGGAAGAAGAAGAAGAGGAGGAGGACGAGGAGGAGGAAGAAGAGGAGGAAGAGUAA